AAUAAAAAACGUGGUCGGAGGAACAAAAUAGCUCGUGUUUUUAAUUUUCCGACGGGAAGCCCACUACAGCAAAGUGGACUAUAUUCUCUUGCUUUUCUCCUCUGCUAAAAGUCUUCGCAACCUCAUUUCAUUAAUUAUAUAUAUAUCUCAUUCAAUCCUCCCCCAUUAACACAAACUCAAACACCUCCAAUUGGUGUCCAAAUCUCGUACCAAGAUGGCAUCAAUCUCUUACACUACCUCAUUCACUUCUCCCCAACUCCCAUACCACACACCUUCCAAACCACACACUUUUCGUACUCUCCGUGUCUCCGCAUCCGUAUCUGAAUCCGAAAAACCUCCGCUCUAUGCAGCAGCCAAACCCGAGUCCGUGACCCUCCCGGUCAAAAAAGUCCCGGGAGGGUACGGGCUCCCGAUAAUCGGCCCAAUUACCGACCGACUGGAUUAUUUUUACAACCAAGGCAAGGAGGAGUAUUUUAAGUCCCGAGUCCAAAAAUACCAGUCAACUGUUUUUAGAACCAACAUGCCACCCGGACCUUUCAUUGCGAAGAAUCCUAACGUCGUCGUCUUGCUCGACGGCAAGAGCUUCCCGGUGCUUUUCGACGUCUCGAAAGUCGAAAAGAAAAAUCUCUUCACCGGGACGUUCAUGCCGUCCACUGAGCUAACAGGCGGAUAUCGAAUACUUUCGUAUCUGGAUCCGUCAGAACCGAGCCACGAGAAGCUCAAGAACCUUCUGUUCUUUCAGCUGCGAUCACGAGCUAGUAAAGUGAUCCCUGAAUUUCAAUCCAGUUAUGGAGAAUUAUUCGAGAAACUCGAAGCUGAGAUAGAAAAAACGGGGAAAUCUAGCUUCUCUGAGGCCAAUGAUCAGGCCGCGUUUAAUUUUUUAGCGAGAUCAUUGCACGGUGUUGACCCGACUUCCGCCAAACUAGGCUCUGAUGGUCCGAAACUCGUAAGCAAAUGGGUUUUGUUCAAUCUUCACCCGUUGUUAGUACUCGGGCUCCCGAAAUUAUUGGAAGAAUUAUUGAUUCACACAUUUUCGCUUCCACCUGCGCUGGUGAAAAAGGAUUAUGCUAGGCUCUACGAGUUUUUUUACGAGUCUUCGGGUUUUUUACUCGACGAGGCGGAAAAAAAUGGGAUUUCGAGGGAGGAGGCGUGUCAUAAUUUUGUGUUUUCGACGUGUUUUAAUUCUUUCGGGGGAAUGAAGUUUUUGUUUCCUAAUAUGAUGAAGUCAAUUGGCCGUGCGGGUGCGAAGAUCCACACGAAGCUGGCCACCGAGAUCCGAUCUGUGAUCAGAUCUAACGGUGGGAAAAUAAUGAUGGGAGCAAUGGAACAGAUGCCGUUGAUGAAGUCGGUUGUGUAUGAAUGUCUUAGGAUUGACCCGCCCGUGGCCUCGCAGUACGGGCGGGCCAAGCGUGAUCUGAUCAUCGAGUCUCAUGACGCGGCCUUUGAGGUGAAAGAAGGGGAAAUGAUCUUCGGGUACCAGCCUUUCGCGACUAGGGACCCGAAGAUCUUUGACAGGCCUGAUGAAUUUGUGCCUGAUCGGUUUGUUGGGGAAGGGGAACAACUGCUCAAACAUGUUUUAUGGUCUAAUGGACCGGAGAAUGAGAGUCCUACAGUUGCGAAUAAGCAAUGUGCUGGUAAAGAUUUCGUGGUCUUGGCCGCGAGGUUAUUGGUUGUGGAGCUGUUUAUGAGGUACGAUUCGUUCGAGAUCGAUGUGGCUAAAGUUCCCAUUGGAGUUUCUGUUACUGUGACUUCUCUGAAGAGGGCUAGUUUCUGAAUGCAGAACACUGGUGAUCUUGAUUUCCCGGUGAGCCGGAAAGGUUAGCGGGUCGGGUCGGAUUGGGUGGGUUAUAGUGCAAAUGUGCAUUAUUUUUAGUGGGAUGUGAUAUUUUGGCAAAUGUGCAUUAUUCUUUAGCUUUUUCAGUCACUGAUAUAACUUGGAAAGAGAUAUUAUUGUCAUGUUGAUUUUGGAUCUUUAUGAUAAAAAAUGUGCUAGUGAAAGUACCAAUCUCUCUUUUCUUCUUUUUAUCA